UGUGCACGAGUGUACUACGGAGCCCGUUAUUCCGACGAACAAUAAACAAACGCUACAGAUGAAACGUCACAUAUCAAGCGCCUAUUUAAUGGCUUACAAUAUUCGCAGCUUUGAUUUACAAUCUUUCAGAGACACAAACAAAAUAAUAAUACAUAAAUAAAACGGAGGACUACAGGAAGACGCGUGCUGCUGAAAGUUUCAUCGAUCUGCGCGCUCUCUCUGCGCGUGAUGCUGAGUGAGUUCAGGGGGUCUCGCGUCACACAAGCAGCGGCGCGAGCGCUCCGUUAACGGUUUCUUUGCCUUCGUAACGGCUGCACUUUACUUUUCCGUGAUGAGUGGAGUUCAGACCGGAGCCGAGAGCUGAAAUGUUAUCCCGAUUACCGGAAUUCUGUCUGUGUGAAGCGGAAUGACAGUCCGGUGUGGUAUGCCGUUACUCGAGGAUGGGUCAACGGUCUCUUGUCUGAGGUCAUCAAAGUUCUGAAUUCACAACGUUGAAAGCCAAGCAAUCCAGAAAACCAUUAGGCUCUGAGCCUAAGCACUCCUGUUCAUGGAGGGCCGCCGGACCCUGCUGCUGCUGCUGGGGGCGUUUCUGGUCCUCAGGAAUGCUGAGGUCCACGCAACUGCUGACCGAGGCAUCUACACGAACACGUGGGCCAUCCACAUCGAAGGGGGAGCUGAGGAGGCAGAAAGAAUCGCACGCAAACACGGUUUCAUCAGUCACGGGAGGGUGUUCGGGGACUACUAUCAUUUCCAGCACAGGGGUGUGGUGAAGAGAUCUUUGUUCGGCCAUCGCGGAGUUCACGUCCGACUACACACCGAUCCACAGGUGAUUUGGGCCGAGCAGCAGAUUGCCAAGCGACGACACAAGAGAGACAUUCAUAUCGAACCCACAGAUCCGAAAUUCCCUCAGCAGUGGUACCUGCUCAAUCCCAGUCGUGGAGACCUGAAUGUGAGGGAGGCCUGGGCUCAGGGAUUUACAGGAAGAGGAGUUGUCGUGACCAUUCUGGAUGACGGCAUCGAGAAGGAUCACCCCGAUCUCGCCACAAACUACGAUCCAGAUGCCAGUUAUGAUGUGAAUGACAGAGAUCCAGACCCUCAGCCCAGAUACACACAGCUGAAUGACAACAGGCACGGGACCCGUUGCGCCGGAGAGGUAGCGGCUGCGGCAAACAAUGGCGUCUGUGGAGUGGGCGUGGCCCACGAUGCCAAAAUCGGAGGUGUGCGGAUGUUGGAUGGAGAGGUAACAGAUGUUGUAGAGGCUCAAUCUCUCAGCCUGAACUCCCAGCACAUCCACAUUUACAGCGCCAGCUGGGGCCCCGAGGACGAUGGGAAGACGGUGGACGGCCCUGCCAAGCUGGCCAAAGAAGCGUUCCUGCAGGGGGUCACCGAGGGUCGAGGCGGGUUGGGCUCCAUCUUUGUGUGGGCAUCAGGUAACGGAGGCCGUGAGAGAGACAGUUGCAACUGCGACGGAUACACCAACAGCAUCUACACCCUCUCCAUCAGCAGCACCACGCAGUACGGUAACGUACCGUGGUACAGCGAGGCCUGUUCAUCCACCCUCGCCACCACCUACAGCAGUGGAAACCUCAACGAGAAACAGAUUGUGACGACAGACCUCAGGAAGAAGUGUACGGACUCACACACGGGCACGUCCGCGUCGGCUCCCCUGGCUGCCGGAAUCAUCGCUCUCGCUCUGGAGGCCAACAUGAACCUGACCUGGAGAGAUAUGCAGCAUCUGGUUGUGAGAACUUCGCGUCCCGCCCACCUGAUAACUAAUGACUGGAGGACCAAUGGUGUGGGCCGAUUAGUGAGCCAUUCUUACGGCUAUGGUCUGCUGGAUGCCAGCGCCAUGGUCACAUUGGCCCAAAACUGGAGCAGCGUGGGGCCGCAGCACAAAUGUGUCAUUGAAAUGCUUACUGAGCCCAGGGAUAUUAGAAACCACCUGAUUUUCAGCAAAUCUGUAGAAGCCUGCUCUGGACAGCAGGACUUUGUGAGCUCUAUGGAACACGUGCAGGCGAGACUCACGCUGUCUUAUAACCACAGGGGGAACCUGGCAGUUCACCUCAUCAGCCCACUCGGGACUCGUUCCACGCUGCUGGCUCCACGGCCUCAGGACAACUCAGCCGAAGGCUUUAAUGACUGGGCGUUCAUGACCACACACUCCUGGGACGAGGACCCUCGGGGAGAAUGGACACUGGAGAUUGAGAACACCGCUGGACUUAACGAUUACGGAGUUCUGUCUCAGUUCACGCUCAUUCUGUACGGGACCGGCUCCAGCGCCACGGAUCCGUACAUUGUAGACUACACCCGACCGUCAAACAACAGCUGCAAAACGUUUGAUACACAGCAGAUCUGCAUCGAAUGCAGCACAGGCUUCUCGCUUUUCCUGCAAGGCUGCGUGAAGUCCUGCCCUCCCGGCUUCAGCUCCGGGCCGCAGGUCCUCAACUUGUCUUUGGACAACUGGGUGGAGCACUCCACCGUGCAGGCCUGCCUCCCCUGUCACCCGGCCUGCCUGACCUGCUCCGGGCCGGGAGAAAACGAAUGUCUUUCGUGCCCUCCGCACAGUCACCUGGCACUCGCUUCCUGCUUGCACCAAAACCAGGUGGAGCGAAAAUCUCCCAGCAUCCCUGUCCUCCCAAACAGAAUAUCCGGCGAGGGAGUACAAGGCUCGGAGGGGGUCUUACGGGAGCCCGGAGUGCCCUCAAAAUUGCCGGCACUGGUAGCGGUGCUCAGCUGUGCCUUCAUCCUGGCUACUUUCGCAGCGGUUUUCGUGUUGCUGCAGCUGCACUCGGGAGCAGCCGGCGCUCCCUUUUUUAGGAGGACCAAAUUGCCGGUGGUGGACUCUGGUGGAGGGGGGAUACGAGUAGGGUUUGGCUUCGGUCUCGGACGAGGGAAGGUAUCGUACCGGGGGAUCCCCACUGUGUGGGGGGACGACGAUGCAACAGCGGGGGUGAACUCCGAGUCGGACAGCGAAGAACUGGAGUUUCACAGCGAAAAGACUGCUUUUAUACGGACUCAAAGUGCUCUUUAGCGCCUCCUGUUGGUGUGGAGCUUUUUAUACAUCUGUUUUCCAAUAAUGGGAUGCAGAACUAAUUGCAGAGCCAAUGGGAGUGUGCUGUGUGUUUGUGCGCGCGUGAGAGAGAUCAUCACCAUACACAACGCUAGUUUAACGUCAAUAUCUGAUUAAACACAGGACAGCUCAAUGAUUCCUUUUAUUUGGACUCGUGCUUUUAUCAGUGGUCUCAGUUUUAAACCACUAAAGGUCAUUAAGAUCAGAUGUGCGUAUAUGUUUGUUUGUGUGUGUGCGUAGAUGUGCUUGUGCCGGGUUUGUGCAAACCCAACCUUUUACUUUGUAACAAGAAUAAGGGCUGAAAAUUGUUCCAGUCAACUUUUAAUAAAACGUUUCAGACUGU